GUCAUCACACCCCGUUUCUGUUGAAGCGUGAAGACAUUUGGAUGAAGUCCACUCCACAAAAACUACUAAUGCCGUUUAUAUGAAGUUUAUUUGACAUCUGUAGCUGCAGAGGAGGCUUUUUAUAUAUAAGAAAUGAAGGAGGAAGUUCUGGGAUUUGGUUCAAUGUAAAGCUCCACCCGGUUAUGGAUCGACCUGCACCGGUAACAAAAUGUUCUGUUAACGGAGAUCUGAAUGAAGCUGCUUCUGUUCGGAGCUCCGGUGAAAACUGCGGCUUCUGUCUGAACAGAAUCCGAGGUUUGGUCCCAGAGAAGGAGCUGCGACAACUCAUUAAACUGGCUGGACCGGUGUUCAUUUCCCAGUUGAUGGUCUUCUUGAUCAGUAUCAUCAGCAUGGUGUUCUGUGGUCACCUGGGGAAAACUGAACUGGCUGGAGUAUCACUGGCCGCGGCGGUGGUGAACGUCACCGGUAUUUCCAUUGGCACCGGUUUGUCGUCAGCUUGUGAUACCCUCAUAUCUCAGACAUAUGGGAGCGGUAACCUGAAGCGUGUCGGCGUGAUUCUCCAGAGGGGGAUUCUGAUUCUGCUGCUGGCCUGUUUCCCCUGCUGGGCCGUCCUCAUCAACACCGAACCUCUUCUACUGGCUGUCAGACAGAGUCCAGAGGUCGCCAGUCUCUCUCAGCUGUAUGUGAAGAUCUUCAUGCCCGCUCUACCGGCUGCUUUUAUGUACCAGCUUCAAGGGAAAUAUCUGCAAAAUCAGGGAAUCAUGUGGCCUCAGGUUGUAACAGGAACAAUAGGAAACGUCCUCAAUGCUGUCAUCAGCUACAUCUUCCUGUAUCCUCUGCAGUUUGGUGUCGCUGGAUCUGCAGCAGCGAAUGCCAUCUCUCAGUAUUUGCUGACUUUGCUCCUGUUCGUUUACAUCCGCUGGAGGGGGUUGCACAAAGCCACGUGGGGAGGGUGGUCCCUGGACUGUCUGCAGGAGUGGGGUCCCUUCGUCAAACUGGCCAUUCCCAGCAUGCUGAUGAUCUGUCUGUCCUGGUGGAUAUUUGAAAUCGGAGGUUUCCUGGCUGGUGUGAUCAGUGAGGUGGAGCUUGGAGCUCAGUCUAUAGCGUACCAGCUGAGCGUCGCAGCCUACAUGUUUCCACUGGGGUUCUCUGUUGCCGCCAGUGUUCGGGUUGGAAACGCUCUUGGUGCAGGAGACACAAAGCAGGCCGGACUGUCCUGCCAAGUCGCCAUCAUCUGUGCAUUCGCAGUCGCCUGUGUCGUCGGAUUGAGUCUCAGCGUCACCAGAAACGUCAUCGGGUACAUUUUCACCUCAGAGCAAGACAUCAUUCAGAGAGUUGCUGACGUCAUGCUUAUAUUCGGUUUCAUGCAUGUCUGUGAUGCCACUGCGGGUGUCGCUGCUGGUGUUCUUCGAGGAGCAGGAAAACAGCUGGUCGGCGCUUUGUUUAAUUUAGUGGGAUAUUACUUCAUCGGCUUCCCCAUCGGUGUGUCGCUCAUGUUCGCAGCAAACUUGGGGAUCAUAGGACUGUGGAGGGGACUUUGCAUUUGCGUGUCACUGCAAGCGAUUGUUUUCGUUGCAUUUUUGUCCAGACUUGACUGGAAAAAGGCAGCAGAAGAGGCUCUUGUGAGGGCUGGCAUCCAUGUGGAAAAACAACAAACAGAUUCAGAUCAGAACCGAGCUCAGGACGCAGACCCAGAAGUCCAAAAACAGUUGAUCAGCAGCACCACGGUGGGAGACGUCCUGUCAGCAACCCAGCUGGUUGUACGUCGUGGCUUGACCUUGUUAAUCAUGAUCAGCAUCCUCGUAGCUGGAAUCAUCACCAGUGACCUGCUGGUGAGGCUGUUGAAAUGAUGUUUCUUCACCACACAUUAAAGGGCUGCUCAUCAUGUUGAUCCCGCUGACUAUCAACUUUCCGGUCUGCAGCUCUGUGCAGAUUCCAAACAUUCUUCACUUUAUACUUUGGCGAGCUGAUCUGCAGCUUUGUCACAUUCUUGUUGUGCUAGGAAACAAAUGAGAGAGAACCAAAGUGAGGCACCAGUUUACAUUUGUCACUCCAUAAAUAAAACUGAUUAGAUUUAAAGGUGGACUGUCCUGAGCACGAGCACAAACAUGCACAGGAAAUGGUAAUCUGUCGGUCUGCCUGUGCCAUUGAGUUUCCUAUUUUGGGUGCGUGUGAUAUUCAAGAUACAAGAUUCAAAAUGUAUUUUUGUAUUUAUUGCAAUUUGUUGUGUAAUUACAGUACAUAAAAAAUAAAUAUUGUUCUCCGAGUACAGUGCAAAUGAAAAUAAUAACGAUGAAUAUGCAUAAAUAAUUAUAAAAAUACAAAAACUAAAUAGAGGUUUAACCCUCGUGUUGACCCCUUUUAAAGUUUGAAAAUGUGGGGGAAAAAAAACCAACAAGCAUAUUUUCACAGAGAAAAAUUCCAUAUUUUCAACAUUUUUUAGAAAUUUUUGAACAUUUUUUGGUAUAAAAAAAAAAGAAAUGUAAAAAAAGUUUUUUUAAGAACACUGAAAAAAUAAUCAGGAUUUUUUUUUCUGAAUGUUUUUAAAGAAAAUAGAAGUUUUACUGAUAUGUAUGGAAUCACUUUAGAUAUUUUUAGGAUUUAUUUGGAAGAUUUUUACUCAUUUUUUGAAUAUUUACAGUAAUUUUCUUGACAAAAUUGGGGAUUUUUUUUAAAAUAAAACUUUUAAGGGAAACUUUUAAGGAAGUAUUGGGAAUUUUCUUCCUGAAGGUUUUGCAAAUUUUCAGAAAUUUGGGAAUAAUUAUUGCUGAAUUUUUUUUUUUUCAGCCAAGGAAAUAACAUUUGUUGGUAUCCGUGAAUGAAGACAACAAGAGGGUUAAAAGGCAGCACAGCGUAAAUAAAAUUAAAGUGAAUACUGUCAGUCAUUGCUUAUUAAGGUGCUUGUUGUGUAGUUUAGUCUAUUUCAGGUGACAGGCACUAGACUGGACACAUUAAUUUACUUUUACUGACCACAUAUUGCUGCACAGUGUAUAGUGGUUAGCACUUUCGCCUUGCAGCAAGAAGAUCCCCGGUUCAAAUCCCGGCCUGGGAUCUUUCUGCAUGGAGUUUGCAUGUUCUCCCUGUGCAUGUGUGGGUUUUCUCCGGGUACUCCGGCUUCCUCCCACAGUCCAAAAAUAUGCUGAGGUUAAUUGAUUACUCCAAAUUGCCCGUAGGUGUGAAUGUGAGUGUGCUUGUCUGUCUGUAUAUGUAGCCCUGUGACAGACUGGCGACCUGUCCAGGGUGUCCCCUGUCUUCGCCCGAGUCAGCUGGGAUAGACUCCAGCACCCCCCGCGACCCUAGUGAGGAUAAAGCGGUGUACAGAGAAUGGAUAGAUGGAUGACCACAUAUUUGUCUUUGGUUUACAAAGUUACUUGCAAACCAGUUAGCAGCUGUUAAUGCACCUGGAGUCCUUCGCUAAUCAACAAGAAGAAGAAUAUCUACACAACUAUUGCCUAAAAAAACGCACAAACGAGCUGUUUUUAUUAUCUACAAGGCAGACCAAAGUUAUAUUUUCUCCCAGAAGUCACACACAUCAUUCACUGGUUGAACUGAUCAGAGAUCAGAUAAAAGCUGCCUGGUUGCUCUUGUACUUCCUCAUAAUUUUAAUAACCGGAGAACGAUGUCAAAUGUUGGUGUAUUUUUAGUGCAACUUGAGGGCAUACAGUCAUUUACCAUGAAAAUCUGGCAUGUUGGUGGUAUUUUGCUGGCACUGUUUCCGUCUGUUUGUCCCUUUUUGAAAGAAGUAUCGCUGCAAAUCAGUACAAAAUUGUUCUGCAUGAUCAUCUCUGUCCUGUGAGGGAACAGUUCCAUUCCAUUCUACUGACUUCAGAGUCACAAGAUCUCACCACAGCUGAAGAGACAUGUGACAUUUUUUGACCUACUUGUUAGAUCAACAUUAUCAAAACAUCAAACAAAGGAAUAUGUUCCUGAAGAACUGUGUUCAAGUCAUACACACGUGGACAAAAUUGUUGGUACCCCUCAGUUAAAGAAGGAAAAACCCACAAUUCUCACUGAAAUCACUUGAAACUCACAAAAGUAACAAUAAAUAAAAAUGUAUUGAAAAUUAAAUAAUCAAAAACAGCCAUUACUUUUGAAUUGUUGAUUAACAUAAUUAUUUAAAAAAACAAACUAAUGAAACAGGCCUGGACAAAAAUGAUGGUACCUCUAUAAAAGAUUGAAAACUAUUUGACCAGAGUGACAUGAUUAACUCAGGUGUGUCAUUUAAUUGACAUCACAGGUGUUUCCAAACUCAUAAUCAGUCAGUCUGCCUAUUUAAAGGGAGACAAGUAGUCACCCUGCUGUUUGGUGAAAAGGUGUGUACCACACUGAACAUGGACAACAGAAAGCGAAGGAGAGAAUUGUCCCAGGACAUCCGAAAAAAAUUAUAGACAAACAUCUUAAAGGUAAAGGCUAUAAGACCAUCUCUAAACAGCUUGAAGUUCCUGUGACAACAGUGGCUCAUAUUAUUCAGAAGUUCAAGACCCACGGGACAGUAGCCAACCUCCCUGGACGUGGCUGCAAGAGGAAAAUUGAUGACAAAUUGAAGAGACGGAUCGUUGGAAUUGUAUCCAAAGAGCCCAGAGCAACCUCCAAAGAAAUUAAAGGUGAACUCCAAGGCCAAGGUACAUCAGUGUCAGAUCGCACCAUUCGUCGUUGUUUGAGCCAAAGUGGACUUCAUGGGAGACGACCAAGGAGGACACCACUGCUGAAAAAAACUCAUAAAAAAGCGAGACUGGAAUUUGCAAAAAUGCAUGUUGACAAGCCACAAAGCUUCUGGGAGAAUGUCCUUUGGACAGAUGAGACCAAACUGGAGCUUUUUGGUAAGGCACAUCAACUCUAUGUUCAUAGACUCAAAAACCAAGCAUACGAAGAAAAGAACACUGUCCCUACGGUGAAACAUGGAGGAGGCUCAGUAAUGUUUUGGGACUGCUUUGCUGCAUCUGGCACAGGGUGUCUUGAAAGUGUGCAAGGUACGAUGAAAUCUGAAGACUAUCAAGGCACUCUGGAGAGAAAUGUGCUGCCUAGUGUCAGAAAGCUUGGUCUCAGUCGCAGGUCAUGGGUCUUCCAACAGGACAACGAUCCAAAACACACAGCCAAAAACACCCAAGAAUGGCUGAGAGAAAAGCGUUGGACUAUUCUAAAGUGGCCUUCUAUGAGCCCAGAUCUGAAUCCCAUUGAACAUAUGUGGAAGGAGCUGAAACAUGCCAUUUGGAGAAGACACCCAUCAAACCUGUUGAGCUGGUGGGCUGCACAGUGAUAUAGUGGUUAGCACUUUCGCCUUGCAGCAAGAAGAUCCCCGGUUCAAGUCCCGGCCUGAGCCUGGGAUCUUUCUGCAUGGUGUUUGCAUGUUCUCCCUGUGCAUGCGUGGGUUUUCUCCGGGUACUCCGGCUUCCUCCCACAGUCCAAAAAUAUGCUGAGGUUCAUUGAUGACUCAAAAUUGCCCGUAGGUGUGAAUGUGAGUGUGAUUGUCUGUCUGUAUAUGUAGCCCUGUGACAGACUGGUGACCUGUCCAAGGUGUCCCCUGCCUUCGUCCGAGUCAGCUGGGAUAGGCUCCAGCACCCCCCGCGACCCUAGUGAGGAUAAAGUGAUGUAUAGAGAAUGGAUGGAUGUUGAGCUGGUUUGACAAGUUGCACCACAAACACAAAAUUGUCCAAAAUGGUUUUCAGAAUAUACUAAGAAUGCGCCUGGUGAUGUGAGAUGGAAAAACCCUUUUGCAAAUUAGUGUGCAGGAGUCUGUCCGAGGCUCUUUUUUUUUUUUUAAAGAGUUCUUUUGUUUUAUAUGUGGUGCUAGAAGGACUCAUGACUUCAAACUUUCUAAGAAGUCACAGGGAGGAUAUUUGUAACAGGACUUGAAAGUCGACUGGCACUGAGCUGCUGUAGCCAGUUUGAUACACAUAUCAGGAACACUGCUGUUUUUAGAUGUGCACAAAGUCCCGUUAUUUCUUUGUUUUUUUUAUCAUGUCUGUCAUUUUACUUCAAUUUCUUUUCGUCCUGAUUUAUAUAAAGUUUAUGUGUUUCAUGAGAGAGGCCCUGAAGAAUGGUGCAUGCUGGGAAAAGUCUCAACCAAACAGCAGCUCCGUAAACCAAUGUGGAGCUGACAGUAAAUUACCAGACUCAUUCUGGCCUGUUGUUCUGCUUGUUUGUGGCCAAAGAGAAGCUCUCAUCUCAUCAGAUCUCAGUAAACAGAGUCUUUAGGCUGCACUCAGACUUUGACAUAAGUGUAGAUGACAUCUGUCCUCGUGUGUCUCUCUUUCUGUCAUGGCUGUUGAAAAUUAACUCGAGCAGGAGACUCAUCGUCACACAUGAACAACCACACCAGUUAUGUGAUAGAAUUUGCAUCUUUAGUUUUUAUAUUCUUUGACAUCAAUGGCAUAACGGCUUCCAUAGGGCAGAAAUAUUGUUGUCAGAUUGUAGUCUGUCUUUUGCAUUUUCAAUAAAAUAAAUAUUUUUGCAGCA